AUUUGGCAGCCCUGACUUGAAACUUGUAGCUAAUUUAACGCUACUGAAAUCCGAAAAACAAUUCUCUUGUGUAAAUUCAAUAAAAAAAAAAAGGACGAAUAUAGAAAGAGAAAGAAAAGAAAUGGUUUUAAACCGUGUACAGCAGCUAUAAACGGUGUAGAAACAGAGUACAGUGUGGACUCUUCCUACAUGUCCCAUAAUGCUCCAUAAUGGCCUCAUCAUGACAAUAAUGCUGGAAUAUUAGCACAGCUUUGACAAAGCUAGCUUAGCUUCACGAUGGACACAGCACUUGGCCAUUGUCUCGCCCAAAGUCAGCACACUAUUAUACACGUUUUUACAGUUAAAGUAAUCCGUUAAUGGGUGUCGGAAUGGGUUGUAGAGUGUUUCAUAAUUCCGCGUAUUAACCCAGCGUCUCUUUGCGGCUGAUAUGGAACAGCCUUCUGACAACUCGGAUGGUUUACAGCCUCAGGAACUCUCCUCCGCCUGCAACCUUCCUCGCGUUUUUGACCUGACGAAGAACACAGAGGAAUGUCUGUUAAAAACCAACUCGAUAGAGGCCUUGCAUGUCGUCCAGCCACCAGGCUGGUACCUGAGUUCCGGGACCAGCAACGGGUCAGUGCUUCCAGAAGACGAGACCGAUCCUUCGCUGCAGCCCAGCGAGCAGAUCCAACCAGACAACGCUCUUUCCAACACGACAGUUACGCUCUCGUAUGUGACCAGGUCCCAUGUCUUUUCGGGCCACGACUCACUCUCGCAGCAUUCACAGAUUUACAGUGUUCCGAUAAGCAAGGCGUUUUCUCUACACCCCGCUGCGUAUGACGCAAGCCAGCUGGUCACAGAUGCAGGUGGAGCACCGCUCUGUGUGGAAAUGGACCAACACUGCCUGCAGCAGGUGUCUGUGCCCGUAGGCUUAGCCACCUGUGCCAGUUCAUUUGAUUUUGUCACGCCCGUCGUGGAGAACGUCGCAAGUCUCUGUUAUCUUCAGCAGGCACACAACAUCGGUGGCAUACAAGAUGUCGAGAGCCUCGCUCUGGAGACGCUCCGAUCUUUACAGCAGAACAACCCGGCGGACUGCAAGAUUCCUCUCAACUUGGACGAAAUUCAGAACGGCGCCGUCGGCAGCUUGUGGAACGCGGGACCCGUUGACGGGAGCGUUCCAGCUGGCCAUGUUGAGAGCAUAGUGGAUCAGCACAAGAACGGCAACCCGGAAGUACUCUUCCUGAUCUCCAGAACCGACGACCCAGUUCUUUUACCGAAUGAUCAGGAGCCUGCAGGUCUUGCUGUUUCACUAAAUCAGGAGUUUCUAAAUGCACUGGAAGAUUCUGUGUCACCCUCCUUCGCCUCACUGAUUGGAGUAAAGGAUGUUUCCAUUCUGCCCCAGACUGCAGGAUGCCAAAGUGAAGAGAACUCUCUUGCUGAAGAAACUAACACUCGGCAAGAUGAAUUAAGUAACGUGGAAUCUGAUCCUCUCAUGAGUGCAGAGGAGAGAGAUUCAUCGUCUGCCACCGAUGCAUUAGGUACCACCAUUAGCGGUGAACUAACAGCAAAUAACUUCGACACGUCCGGGACAGAACAGUCCGAACAGAGCAGGGCGUUAUCCGAGGUACAGAAAGAGAAGACGCACGUUCAUAAUGUGACUCAGAAGAAAACACAUUUGCCUAGACGUUUGUUUGCCAAAAAGGAAACACUAGUAAGAAAAGAACUUCCCCCAAGAACUAGAAGAGGGAUGAGGUUAGAGGCCAUUGUUCAGAAUAUCUUCCCUUCCAGGUACAAAUCCAGUCAUGUCUCUUCUGCAAAAAAAUGUCGGCGUUCUGACGCCCAGCCGGAUGAGACCACUCAUCUGGGAUCUAGCCAAGAUGUGUCAUUUGGCAACAGCGACAACAGCGUUUUCGAGUUGGAACGUCCUCUGAAGGUUGGGACUGAAACUAAUAAAAAGACCGCUCGAUUACAGGACAGGUCAGAAGAAACAGACGCUGCCGAUCCAAGCAAAUUAUCUACCUCAUGUUCCGAAACUGUUUCAAAACAUUCACAAGCUGUCCCAUCCCCAGGGAUGUCACGCAAACCCAUUACGUACAUCAAGACAUCAAAGAAACGACCGAAACUUUCAAACAGUCCCCCAGUAAGGGUGAGAAAAAGGACUACGCUGCCUACAUCCAAACAGACAAAAAGCCCUUUAAAGCAACAGACUUUAACUACGAGCAGCAAACAUUCAACAAGCACGAAACGAGCUCCUACCCCUAAAAAGAAAAGGAGAACGCAUAAAGUGGGGCAGUCUUCCAUGUUCUCCCCCAAGGAGCCGGAAAUAAAGCUCAGAUACGUCAGCUAUAAAGACGAGAAAAGGGAAAAGAGAGACGAGACCUUCUCACCUUUUGUACACGUAGACCUGAAAGCAUAUCCUACUUGUACGGUAAUCAACUACCCUGAUGAGAGUGUCAGGCUGAGCCGAGGGAAGCAGCCUACCCCAGUCGCGUCAGGGAAAAUGCCCACUACACCGUGUUUGCAGUACGGCCGUGUCUCCACGGAGGGCACGCACUGGGACAGCCUCGUGUGCUGCCUUUGCGGAGGCUCUGCUAACACUAUGGACCUGGGUGAUUUGCAUGGCCCGUAUUAUCCUGAGGGUUUCAGGCCCGAAGCGAGGCUGCCUACUAAUCCUCAGGAGCCGAGAGAGGACGACUCCAGCGAAUCGGAUUCAUCGAGCAGUCAGCCUCGAAAGCCACGUCACAAGCUGCAGGCAGCUGCUCUAGGAGCCUAUCAGAGAUGGAGCAGUGAUGUUGAGCUUUCCUGCAGCCCUGCAGCGAAGAGAUCCAGGAUGGACACUGUGACAGACUGGUAUGCCCCGCCAACAGUGCCCUUAGAAGCCAGCGAGUACUGGCUGCACGAGGACUGUGGCAUAUGGUCCGCUGGGGUCUUUCUCGUCAGAGGGAAGAUUUACGGGCUAGAAAAAACCGUUAAGAUGGCAAAGGAGACGAUUUGCUCCUCUUGCCAUAAAAUGGGCGCCACAUUGGGCUGCUUUUUCAAAGGCUGCCCUAACAAGUAUCACUACAUAUGUGCAAUGCAGUCAGGUUGUGUCUUAUACGAGGAAAACUUCUCAAUGAAAUGCAGAAAGCACAAGAACAAAUCCAUCAAGGGUGUAUCAUCGAACAAACAGAACAGCAGGUGACCGGGGAAGAAGAUGCUGCACGGUUACUUACACAAGAACCGGAAUCCUGUCUGCGGGUUCAGCCACUAGUCUGCCGUGCUCAGAGACCAAGGGCGACUGACGGAAAAGCCUCUCUGGGACUCAGACACCACAUACCUUAAUGCUUUCUCCUGCCGUUUCACUGUCACUAACUUCUCUUCCAAACGUCAGCCGCACCGACCGAUUUCAGACACGUCAAUACAGCACCUGCACGCUUGCGGCUGUUUACAGAUGAAGCCUAGUAUCUGAAAAGAUCCUCAGUGAAGUAUUCUUAAAGACAAUGGGAUGUAAUCUAGAACUAGACGCGCUCUCUCGCUCGCUCUCUCUUUCUCUCUCGCUCUCUCUCUGUCUCUUUCUCUCUGGGAGUAUUUGCUCUAAAAGUAAUAAAGAGCAUAAACCAUUGGAAUAAAUUGCACAUUUAUAGGGCUCAAAGCAUAAGCCGUAUCUGCUCAAUCUAACCACAGCACAAAGCCAAUCUACUAACGAUGUAAUGAAUUCAUGGACUUUGUAGUGUAAUCAUCUUGAAUUUAUUUAUUACGUUUGGGUUAAAUUCAAUUGUAAAUUUUCAUGCAAGUGUACAUGUUAAUUUAAAAGAAAAAGGAAAAAAAAUACUUUGCUCCUCAGUGGAAUUUUAUAGACUUUGUGAAACGUCUAAUCUGUUGCAGCAAAUCCAAGUCAUCAACGUUACAAACAUCAGCUGUCGUAUGUCAGCGUGGCGGUCGGCAGCCAUAUAAUAUACAUUCUUAAUUUUAUUAUUUUUUUAUUAUUAUUAUUAUUUUUACAUUUGUGAGUCAUUCUCACAGCUUUUCCUGUAUAUUUGUGAAUUCAUUUGUGAAUGUUGUUUCUUCCAGACGUCUGAAAUGAGGGAAUUGCACUUUGGAGUGCAUCAUGCUUAUGUUAAAGCCUGUAUCUCUCACUGAGGCAAUAGUAUUGUCCUGAAUUCUUCAAGCCCCAAACGAUCCUUUCCCAGCACUCCUCGAAAUAAAGACAUAAUGAAAUAGUACCAGCAAUAACGCUAUUUGUCAUUUUGGUACUAUUAUCAACUAAAAACCGGUGAGCUGUGCACUGUUAAAUGGUACAUAUCAGAAAACCUGGGUGUACAUUAAUGUAAUUCGCCAUUUAUUUUCACCUUAAUAUUUAAGUAACUUGAUUAAAACGUCAAAUUAAAGGAGCACUUGCUUUCCUUUGCUCAAAAUGGCUGCCGUUAUUAACAUGUAUUAAAAUCGAUGCAUAUGGAACACUGCCAGUUCAGAGGUUAUGUGUUGCGAUGUUCCCAUUCAAUACUCAUGUACUGUAAAUCUGCUUCCCAGCGACAUUGUAACCAUCAGAGCUGAAUUUUUCUUCCUUUCUUUACAUUGCUGAAUUGCUAAGACAAAUCAAGACAGAAGUUUUUUCUUGAGAUCAGACUUGUAUUCAGUGUGAUUUGCUACAUUAGGGGAAAUCAAAGGGAUGGGAUUAAUGUUUGUACGUGUAAAGGAACGUGUUUAUCAACCGCAUCUCUUUGACCACGGAAAAGAAAUCCUGCGGUGUUGAUCAUGACCACCUGACUCGAGCCAUGUCCUGUGCCAUAUUACUCGUAGUUAUGUCCUGUUUGCGUUUCUGCAAGUGUCGCUGUAGUGUACGUUCUGUCCGACACACAAAAAAAGGUGUUGAGCUUUAUAUUACCACACAACCAUGCUGAAAAUUACCAAAAAAAAAAAAAUGUGCUCAUAUGUUGUGUUGUGCUGAUUUCUUUUCUCAUUGGUUUCUUGUACCAUGUUUUUUCCAAGAUCCUAUUCUCAGGGUUGAGCCUUACAUUCUUUGUCAUGUUUUUACUCCCAAAUUUAUUUAUCCAGGACUGACUACUAGAACACUCGGUCAGCGCUAAAUAAUAAAUUGGCUUCUUUUAUUUUCUCUAACA